GAUGAAAGACUUCAGUUGCUGACCAACCGUCUCCCAAGUUGCUCGAGUUGGCAUAUACUGGCCAUAUUAAGUACCCAAAUUCAUAGCUUCCUGACCUUUAUUUCUUGUUUAGCGGUUCGUCGGAUUUAGAGGGUGGCUUUAAAAAGAAAAUAGGGUGGCAGCUCGGAGAUAAGAAGCCACCGAGCAGCUUUUUGCAACAGCGGGUGGUGACGUGUUGGUUUUUCUUGUAAUCUCGAAGAAAGAAAAAAAUAUGAUGCACUGCAGCGGAUUGAUGUUAAUUGUUAUGCUAGUUGCGUAUUCGCUGGCAAGUCCUCUGCCAAAGCCAAUGCCAUUCCCAGAAAUUUCUUCACUUUCGUUCCUGCAAAAGUCCGUCGUUGACUAUGAUCGAAAUGUACAGCUUAACCUGAAACAAGCGGACCCGGAGGUUAGCCCGGGGAUGUGGGAAGGAGAUAUUGCCGGAUUAUCGUUUGACACGUAUUAUACUUGGCGUUUAGGACUCAGAUUUGAAGUCUUUCCCGAAAGGCGCUGGAAGAAUGCCACAGUCCCCUAUCACAUCAGCCACAAAUACAGCUCUAUCGAUAGAGAAACCAUACAAACCGCUUUGUAUACCAUCGGCUUGAUGACCUGCAUCGAUUUCGUCCCAUACGACGGAGAUGCAGAAGAUUAUUUGCUUAUUUGGCCUGUAGAGGAACCAGCCGGUUGCUGGUCGUUCAUCGGUAGGACGGGAGGGCAGCAGGUUCUGUCCCUACAGCCGCCAGAUAGUCAAGGUCCGAAGUGUCUCGGAGGGCCAGGAAAAGCUAUUCAUGAAACGCUUCACGCCUUAGGUAUCUUUCACGAGCAAUCACGAGCCGACCGGGACGACUACGUAACACUCAACCGGGAAAAUGUCAUAAAGCCAUUCUUGCACAACUUUGCCAAACAGAGUUUGGUUAACACGACCUACGAUUUCGAGUACGACUACGCAUCCAUUAUGCACUACGGAACCCAUUUUUUUAGUGCGGGAAAAGAUAAACCGACUUUGGUGCCGAAACGUCGCGAUGCCAGGAUUGGUCAACGCGAUGGAUUGAGCCGGACUGAUUGCUAUAAAGUGAACAAGCUCUACGGAUGCUUUGAACGUUCUCCUUACGAAAAACUCAAGUACGAAUCUUUCUGCGACAUCCUAGGUCUUUGAGCUCACUAACAAUGGCCCCUUCAUCGCCUGAUCAAUACUCCCUUAACGAACAAGAAAUCUGGAUAUUAAAAAAAACAAAACGAUACGUUAACAAUAAAUUAUGUCGUGCCAACACUUA